AUGACCCAAAGAAAUGCCGGAACAUCGGAAAUAGCGAAUGAGGAGGAGAUGCGGGUGGCGGAAAACCUCACAUGGGUAGUCGACUUAAAGGAAAAACUCGAGUCAAGUGAUCCAUCUGAAUAUGCCUCAAAGUGGGGUAAUUUUUCCGUCUACAAAUGGCCGAACGACCUUGCCGCUGCAUCAGGCGUGUCCAGGUACCGCACUCCUUGCAUGGCAUCCUUUGGUCCCUACCACCAUGGGGAGGAGCACCUGCAGCCCAUGGAGCAUCACAAGGAGAGAGCUCUCCAUAGGAUCCUCAACAGAAGUGUGCGCCCGCGUCCACUCUCUCGUUUCGUUGCCUCGCUGAAGCGUAUACAACAAGAACUCUGGGACAGCUAUGACAAUCUCUAUUCAAACUUGUCAAUGGAUUCAUUUCUAAGAAUGAUGUUGCUCGAUGGCUGUUUCAUACUUGAGCUCCUACGCACCAGAGACCCAAAUCAAGGCGGUCCGGCGCUUUAUGAUCCUGUAUUCAGCCCAAAUGGGAAGCUCUCAUAUUCUGUCAUUCAGCAUGACAUGUUGCUGAUAGAAAACCAAAUCCCUCUUCCUGUUCUAAUACAGUUGCUCAAGGUCGAGGCAAGCAACAUGGAGAGCCCGCCAAACGUGAACCACAAUGAAUAUCUUAAUUCCUUGAUUUUUAGGCAUUAUGGGUUCGAAAACUCUCAGCUUGGUGGACCUAGUUUGCAUAUUCUAGAUGUGUACAGGAGGCGCCUAAUAACUGGUGGCGCAAUGGAAGAAGAUAGACCCCAUUUAGCAGAAGGAUUUAUCAGAUCUGUUUGGUCGCAAUGUCAACUAUGUAUGCAUGUCGUCCACAAGGGACUUUGGCAUCUUUGCCUCGCCAUUCCCAUCUUCAUCUUUAGGCUUUUGACCAGACCAAUUCCUGAACCUGGAUAUGUGCGAUCUGCAACGAGAUUUCAUGAAGCAGGAAUUGAGUUCAGGAAGAGAACUGAUAGUGGGCUAGAAAUCACUUUUGAUCAAGGAAAUGGGGUGCUCACUCUUCCAUACAUCGACAUGGAUGACUACACGGCACCGAUCUAUAUGAACCUGAUUGCGUUCGAGCGGAUGCACCUAAAUCCAUCAGAACUUCAUAAGGUAACGACAUAUAUAGCCUUCAUGUACAAUUUGAUAGACACUGCCGAGGACGUGAGCCUGCUGAGCUCUCAAGGGGUCCUAAGGAACCAACUUGGGAGCGAUGAGGAUGCUGCCGCAGUCUUCAACAACUUGGCCGAUGGCAUUACAUAUUGGCCAGACGACGAUCUCCAGGAGCAAUUGCGGGCCUAUGUUGCCUCCGACUGGAAUGCAGCAAGAGCAAAUUUGAAGCACCACUACUUCAAGAACCCGUGGUCAAUUCUCUCUGUGUUUGCUGCCAUAGUCUUGCUAAUUUUAACAUUUUUUGUGGCGGUGUUUGCUGUGUUGGAGUAUGCAAGGCAUCGCAAGUGAUGUCCCACCUGCCU